CUUUGUGAAUUUCAAAAGCUUAUCCAUGAUUUUUUUCUUCAUUUCUCCCUAACUCUCAUAUCAUUUGAGAGGAAUCCGCCAUGGAUGGAGCUAUGCAAAUUUCCUGCUCACAAUUGAAAGUACCCAUUUCCACUAAAUUACCAAUUUUUACUACCCAUUUCUAUUUCUCUCAUAAUUUUGUCUCUCUUUUUAAACCCAUCUCCUCUUUUCCUCUAUACCCGAGUUUGUCAUCUCGCUUCUCUCCACUUUUUGUUCAAUUUGCUACCCCAGAUAGUCAAUUGAGUGUUGAGGUCAGCAAUGAAACAAGUGAAUGGGCAAUGCAAGAUUUUUACACAUUAAGAAAAGAGGUAGAAAGUACAAGUACACGUGUUGAAGAGAUUGUACUCUCUGCUGGAUUGCAACACUUGGAGAAGGAACUUGCAGCUUUGGAGUCCAAAGCAGCUGAUAGCACAUUGUGGGAUGACCGUGCUAAGGCCCAAGAAACUCUUUCAGCUCUCACUGAUGUCAAAGAUAAAUUGAAACUUCUUAAAGAUUUUCAAACCCAGGUAGAAGAAGCAGAAACAAUAAUUAAUCUCACCGAAGAGAUGGAUUCUAUAGAUACUGCACUACUUCAAGAGGCUGUGGGAAUCAUUAAGGAGUUGAACAAAGCGCUUGAUCGUUUUGAGUUGACAGAACUGCUUUCUGGCCCAUAUGACAAAGAAGGUGCCGUUAUUUCUAUCUCAGCUGGUGCUGGUGGGACAGAUGCUCAGGAUUGGGCUGAUAUGCUUCUCAGGAUGUAUAUGAGGUGGGCCGAAAAGCAGAAGUACAAGGCUAAAGUGGUUGACAAAUCAUUAGGAGAAGAAGCAGGUAUUAAAUCAGCUACGAUUGAGGUUGAAGGUCGUUAUGCUUAUGGAUAUCUUUCUGGAGAGAAAGGAACUCAUCGUAUUGUCAGGCAAUCACCUUUCAAUUCUAAGGGUCUUCGUCAGACAAGUUUUUCUGGUGUUGAAGUCAUGCCUCUUCUUCCUGAAGAGUCAUUGAAUGUUGAAAUUCCCGAAGAGGACUUGGAGAUCAGCUUCACAAGGGCUGGUGGAAAAGGAGGUCAGAAUGUAAACAAGGUUGAAACUGCUGUUAGAAUCACUCACAUUCCCACUGGCGUGGCCGUCCGAUGCUCAGAGGAGAGAUCCCAAAUACAAAACAAGGUUAAAGCCUUAAAUCGAUUGAAAGCCAAGCUUUUGGUCAUUGCGGAGGAGCAAAGGGCAUCUGAGAUCAAGCAGAUCAGGGGCGAUGCUGUGAAGGCAGAAUGGGGCCAGCAAAUACGCAACUACGUGUUUCACCCAUACAAGCUUGUGAAAGAUGUGCGUACAAGCCAUGAAACUUCAGAUAUCGCCUCUGUGAUGGACGGUGAUUUAGAUCCAUUCAUUAAAUCUUACUUGAAACAUAAGUACACUCAGACGCUUUCAGCAAGUAGCUAAAAGCCGAUUUUGUAUCCUAGGUAUUUUGUAACUUAUUGAUCUUGUAAGACUAAAUUUGUUUCCAAAGUAUGAGUGGAUGCUGUAGUUUAUGAAAG